CUGCUCUCGAUCUUGCCGGUAUCAAAUAGAACCACCAAAACCAAUGGCUUCACCAUACGUCCAUUCCACCCACCUCUCAAACACGCAUUCCUUCUCCAAAACCUACACCCCUUCCAUAACCCUCCUCACAGGCGUCGGUGUGCAAGGCGACUGCCACAGUGGCACCAAAAAUCAAAAAUCAAGCCAAUCUACCACCGACUCCUCCACACCUAACCUCCGCCAAGUCCACCUCAUUCCCUACGAACUCUUCACAGAACUUCGGGCGCAAAACUUCGUUAUCCAACCAGGCGAACUGGGCGAGAAUAUCACGACGACAGGUAUUGAUCUGCUGGGCUUGGCGAAGGGGAGCUAUUUGUACUUUGGAAGCGGCGAUGAUGUGCCCAUUGUGCAGGUCACGGGGUUGAGAAGGCCCGGGCCGGGAAUUGAGAAGCAUAAGGAAGGGUUGUUGGAUAAAGUGCUACUACGAGAUGGAGCUGGAAGGACGAUUUGUAAGGCGGGGAUUAUGGGCGUGGUGGUCAAAGGUGGGAAGGUGAAUACGGGAGAUAUGAUCAGAGUGGUCGAGCCGCAGGGGAGGAAGGUUGGGCUGGAGCCGGUAUAGUGG